AAAUGAUCGUUGGUAAAAAACUGUCUGUCUGCUGUCCAUGCCAUGCUGCAACCAACCUUCUUGUACAUUAUCGUGCAACUUAUUAUAUCUAUCUAACGCCAGUUUUUCCGUGAAAAAUCUCAUUCCCAGGGAUUCGUUCCCUAUGAUUCCUACCUGGCACCUGCCAUGGCAAUACUGGUUGCAGUAAUCAGGAAAUUAGCUUGAGCGGUUGAACUUGUAUCUUUUCCUAGUCUAUAGCUUCCGCAAAUCCGUCGACAAAUAAAUAUACGAAACAAAAGGCCAAAGGACCCACGUGCGUAACCCCACCCCACUAAACCCCCACCAUUUGUUUCCUCUUCCCCCCUCUCCCCUGUUCUGGGAAAACCCCUCUCCUUCCAUAACCAUAACUCAUAAAAUUCCCAUCUCCCACAUGUCAUCUACUCGAUUUUCUUUAUAGACAGCUUCUUCUUGACUGGAACUCGCAAUCGCCAACCAGCGACCCAGAAGCUUUGUAUCACCAAAUUCGCAGACUUCGCUUCAGCUAGACUAGAAUCAAGUUUAAAGGACAUUGAAAGAAGCUUAAAACUAAAAGAGGAGCUAAAAUUGGCAGCAUGGAUGCACAAGAUUUUUCUGAUACUUCACAACUGAAGCCAUCUGUUGUUUUAACUGGAACAGCGAAGGAAGGUAGUGCUGCACCUCCUAUCGGUCUUGUUGACAUUGGCACAAGUGAGAGUGCCUACCUCUUUCGAGUCGCACUUCCUGGUGUCUGUAAGGAUCAAUCAGGUAAGGUAAAAUGUGAGAUCCAACGUGAUGGGAGGGUUCAUAUAGAAGGAGUGAUAACUGGUGGAGUUCUGAAAGACACAUCAACUGUAUACCUGAUGAGAGUCCAGGAACUAUGCCCACCUGGACCAUUCACCGUUUCUUUUAAUCUGCCUGGACCAGUAGAUCCCCGAUUGUCUUCUCCAACUUUCCGGCCUGAUGGCAUCCUGGAAGUGGUAGUUAUGAAAUAUAGAACAUCGCCGCUAGCUGGCACGAUCCCACCUCCAUGAACUUUAUGCAAAGAGUUGCAUUCUUUUUGCUUUGGGGAGGAAGACCGUGUGACACACGGAUAUACAUACUGUUGUUUGCAAAAAUCAACUGGUUUAAUUCCGUGUAUCAAAUAUUUAAGGCAUUAUUAUGCAUAUGAAUAUUCACUUUCUUUUAAAUGGAUGCUCAAUUAAGAGCUGAUUGAAUGACUUUGA